AGAGAGGCUUCCAAGUGUUUUCUCUCUCUCUCUUCUCCUUCUUAAACUCUCUCUUUAUCUCAUUAAGAGAGGGACUACAGUCUACUUGGUCCUUAGCCUGGAUAUUUAUUUCCUGUCUCCUGCUCUCUGUUCCCUAUCCAGUGAGGAGGCAGUACUCGACAACCAGCCGCUGAGAACCUUUCAUUGUUUGUGUCUGUCUCCUCCACGACCUCCCCUGCUGAGAGAGAGGAGAGAAUAAAAUGACAUCGAAAGCAUCAAAAGGUUUGGGCAAGACUCCGCCCAAGGCUGGGACCCCUCCGCUGGGGGUCCAGUCGUCAUCUCUACCUGUUCCAGACCCUUUUCGUAAAAUGUCUCACAUCAAUCGAAAGAACCAGCAGACCCAGUCGUCUUCGAGAUACAAUCUUAAGAAACCCCCGCCAGACUACAAACCACUCCCACUGUUAAAAGAUUCCAUUCAAGGAGACAGGGAGAGUCUCAUGCUCCAGAAGAUAGCCCAGUGCUGCUAUGUGUUUGAUUUCAGUGACCCAAUGGCUGACCUCAGAGCAAAGGAAAUAAAGAGAGCAGCUCUUAACGAGAUAUUAGACUAUAUCACUAAUUACAAGGAGGUUCUCUCUGAGCCACUCUACCCUGAGAUAGUUAGAAUGAUGACAACUAAUGCAUUUAGAACACUCCCCCCACUCGAGCAGGGAACCGAAUAUGAUCCUGAUGAAGACGAACCUCCAACAGAGCUAACAUGGCCUCACUUAGAACUUGUCUACGCUUUCUUCCUACGAUUUCUGGAGAGUCCAGAGAUGCAGGCUUCCAUAGCCAAGAAGUACAUAGACCAGCAGUUUGUGAUCCAGCUCCUCGAGCUAUUCGACUCCCUAGACCCAAGAGAAAGGGACUACCUCAAGACAGUCUUGCACAGGAUAUACGGGAAAUUCUUAGGUCUUAGAGCUUUCAUAAGAAAGCACAUAAAUUACAUAUUCCUGAGAUUUGUUUAUGAAACAGAAAGAUUUGCAGGUAUAGCCGAACUCUUAGAGAUAUUAGGAAGCAUAAUAAAUGGGUUUGCUUUGCCCCUGAAAGUGGAACACAAGCAAUUCCUCAUUAGGGUAUUACUACCGCUGCACAAAGCCAAAUCACUCGCCCAAUAUCAAGCACAGCUUGCCUACUGUGUUGUCCAGUUUUUAGAGAAAGAUGCAGCACUCACAGAACAGGUCCUACACGGUUUGUUUAAGUUCUGGCCCAAGACCAAUAGCUCGAAGGAGGUCAUGUACUUAGGAGAGAUAGAGGAGAUAUUGGACAUCAUUGACGCUCCACAAUUUGUUACAAUACAGGAGCCUUUGUUCAGACAGUUGGCUAAAUGUGUCUCUAGUCCACACUUUCAGGUUGCAGAGAGAGCACUCUAUUUCUGGAACAACGAGUACAUUGUUGGCCUGAUACAGGAGAACUCUGAAGUAAUAAUGCCCAUCAUGUUUGAUGCUUUAUAUCGCAUUUCCAAAGAGCAUUGGAACAAGGCCAUUGUCUCUUUGGUUUACAAUGUCCUAAAAGCAAUGACUGCAAUGAAUCCCAAGCUCUUUGACCAAUUGCUAGACUCUUACAAAGCAGAGAAACAAAAGGAACUCAAGAAAGGGAAGGAUAGGAACGAGCUCUGGAAACAGCUAGACAGGCUAAAAUUAGAACACGAUAUGAAAUUAGCAAAAAAAUGAUAGAUGUAGACCAUGCACUCUAUACACUAUUAUAUAUAAAUAUAGCAAAGCUAGUAGAUUCUUUUCUUUGCUUUUUCUCUUCUUCUCUCUCCUGUUUUCUCUCGCUCUCCGUAUUAGCUCUUGUCUCUUUCUUGUUGUCUAUGUACUACAAUCUAUGCAGCAGUUGUAACCUAUUAAAAAGCUCAUCUCAGAUUUUGUAAUUUGUAAUAUUUUGGACACGAGAGAGGAUUUAUAUUAUUCUAUUAUAAUGAUUAUUAUUAUUAUUAUUAUUAUUAUUAUUAUUAUAUUUGUUGGUGUCUACUUUUGUCAUCCCAUUAUUUGUCAAUGUGAUAUUGUUGCUUUUAGACAAGCUUUAGCAUUGACGUAAGGUG